AUGUUACCAGAAACUAAUACAAACGACAGCGCUGAAGAUUCGAUCUGUAAUGAUGCUAAUGGAAGAAUUCAUGAUGAAGAAAACAAUUUCCAAAUAAACUCGAAAGAUGAUUUUGAUAUUGAGUUGAUUUCAGCGGCAAGAGCUGCGGUGUCAGUAUGCUACUUUUUUCGUGCAAAUAACCUUAUUUAUUCUAUAUUCUUUGUGAUACUCGCAUCUCAUUUCGUGGGUAAAUGGAUGGAAAAAAUCUUACCAAAUAAGAAAUUUCGUAUAAAAAAUUGGGAAUUUAAUCUAAAUCCAGGUCCUUUUAAUUAUAAGGAGCACGUAUGCGUAGCCGCAGCAGCUAGUGCUGGUGGUGUUAGCGCAUAUGCUGUGGAUGUUAUUGCAAUCCAAGAAUUAUUCUAUAACACUCGAGUUAGUUUCUUAGUUGGUUUUUUGUUACUGAUUAGCACGCAAAUGAUUGGUUAUGGGCUCGCCGGAUUUGUUCGAAAAUAUUUAGUUCGUCCAGCUAACAUGAUAUGGCCUAAGUCUCUUGUAUACGCUGCUAUGUACAAUACAUUACACGGCAAUACCUCCCAAACAAAUCAUAAAUUUAAGUUUUUUGCUAUCGCUUUUAUUUCAAUGUUCGUUUGGCAGUUUGUACCAGAAUACAUAUUUCCAUGGCUAGCCAGUGCUGCCAUAUUAUGUCUUAUUGCUCCAAACAAUACUACGAUAAAAACAUUAGGAAGUUCUUAUAGAGGUGCUGGAAUCCUUAAUUUUUCCUUAGAUUGGAAUGCUAUUGGUCAAGUCUUUCCCAUGUUCACACCAUGGUGGUCUCAAGUUAAUUAUUACAUUGGUGUCGUUUUAGUGAUAUGGGUUAUUGAUCCAUUGCUGUACUUUAAUAAUGUCUUUGAUGCAAAAAAAUUUACUUUCGCAUCGACUCAUUCAUUUGAUAAAUAUGGAAACAUAUAUAACCAGACAAAAAUCAUGGAUCCAGUAACUGGCACUCUCAAUGUUACUGCAUAUGAAAAUUAUAGUCCAGUAUAUAUGUCUAUUGUAUUUGUUAUGAGCUAUUUCUUUUUUUUUAUGCAAGUUCCCGCAACUAUUUGUCAUGUGAUACUAUUUCAUGGGAAAGAAAUUUGGAGUCGAUAUAAGAAAACUCGUGAAGAGGAGGAAGAAGCUGACAUCCAUUGCAAAAUGAUGAAUGUUUAUCCAGGUUUCAAUAAAGUACCAUAUUAUUGGUAUGGUACUAUUUUCUUCGUUAUGUUAAUAAUCGCAAUUAUCCUUGGUUAUACAACUGGUGCGAAUUUACCUUGGUGGGGUGUAUUAUUGGCUGUUGUUCUUGCUGUAGUUAUGGUACUUCCGAUAGGAAUUAUUCAAGCCAUUUCGAAUUGGCAACUUGGCUUGAAUGUUAUGACUGAAUUAGUGUGUGGUUUUCUUUUACCUGGUUAUCCUAUCGCAAACGUAUAUUUUAAAACUUAUGGAUAUAGGUCCUUGACUCAAUGUUUGUUAUUUAUUCAAGAUUUAAAAUUGGGGCAUUAUAUGAAAAUCCCUCCACGAAGCAUGUUCAUAGCACAAAUAUGGGGUACAAUUAUUGGCAUAAUUGUAAACUAUUGGACAUUGAAUAUUAUAAUAAAUACAAAAAGAUCUUAUAUUGAUGGUACAGAAGCUGAUCCAACUGGCCAAUGGGCUGGUCUUAAGCCAGAAAUAUUCAAUACUGCAUCUAUAGUAUGGGGAUUAAUUGGACCGGCAAGAACUUUUGGGUCUGGUUCAAUUUAUAACGUACUUCUCUGGGGUUUCCUCAUUGGUGGCUUUUUGCCAAUACCAUUUUACUUACUUCAUCGAAAAUUUCCAAAGGCGAAAUUCAAUCUCGUGAAUACUCCCGUGAUAUUAUUUGGUUUAACUGUUUUUCCCGAAACUUAUCCAAAUUUCAUUAUCACUGGGCUUAUUGCUAGCUUUUUGAGUCAAUUUUAUGCAUGGUGGAAAAAAUACAAUUAUGUAAUGUCUGCAGCAUUUGACAGUGGUGCACAAAUCAUGACAAUGGUAGCUUUCGUUUGUUUUAGUGGUGUUGUGAAGGUACAAUUUCCAACUUGGUGGGGUAAUGAUCCAUCAACUCAAAGUGAACACUGCUUUCCUAUAAACAGUUAG